UCACACGACGGCAUAGAUGGAGGUAACGGUACGGAUGGUGGAUAUGCUGGUAAAUCAGGUAAUGGUGGAAAUGCUGGGCGGAUAAGAAUCUUCAUCAAUAAACAAAGAGGGAACAUAAAGCUAAAAACCUGUCGUGGAAAUGGAGGGGAAGAAUCUGUUAAUGGGAUUGGUGGAGCUGGAGGUGGUGGUGGGAAAGGAGGUCAUGGAGUAGAAUGUGAUAUCGAAUAUUUACCAGGACAACCAGGAGAUUCACCUAUUAAUAGAGGAAGCACAAUCUGCAUACUGAAACGCGAAAUCAGCUAUUCCGACGGGAAAAAAGGAAAAGAUGGAAGCAACGGAAUGACUGACGUUGCGCGUGGAUCAAAUGGUGAAGUAAAUAAGGAAUACCUGAAGAAAAAAAAAUUUUCAAGAAAACAUAGACAAAAGUUCACAUUGGACCUGCUCAAUGUGAUGGCAAGACUGGGCGAGGAUUAUAUCUGGAUCAAUCGAACAAAAAAGGCAGAAAGGACUUUUAAAUUUCUGGUGACUUUGACGUCAGAAAGGGAAGAAGCAUCUAGAUUUUUCAAGAUCUCAAAGCAAAGGUUGGCAUUUUUGAACAAGGAAGGGUUUGACAGAUUUGGUAGAAAUAAGUAUUUGGCGCCACUUUUAACAUGGGAAACAUUCAAGGAACAGCUUGAAGGAAUUAAAUCGUAUGCAAUGGAUUAUGAAAAUGCAUAUAAUCAACUGCAGGAAGCCAUUAACAAUGAAGAUAACACAGACGCGAUAUCGAAAAAGCUACCAGAGUCAGUCCUAACUCAAGUAAAGGAACAAAAAUCAAGACUAAUGGAGGAUAAGAGGAUAGCACUUACCGAGAAAGGGCUUUAUGUACCGGCCAUCAAGGAGCUGGAAGUAAUUAUGAGCAACGCUCUGGUUCGAAUAAAGGAUAUUAGUGCACAAUUGUCCACCGAUGCAGAGUUUACCAUAGAGGAUAUGUUUGCCAUAAUGCAAGGUAUUACUGGAUUCUUGGGAGACGUUUUAGGAGGGGACCCAUGGGCCGCAUUGGGUACCUUUUUGGGAACUUAUGCACACUUUGCUGUAAAAUGCACACUUAGCUCCUUAGGGGAAAUCAAAGGAAAGCUAAAUAAAUGGCUAACGUUUGGCAAGGAAUACAAAGCUCUUCAAGACUCUAGUGAAUUGGAUUUUGAUAGAUUAGAUCCAGGAGCUGUACCAGAGGUUAUGCAGGCAAACCUUGACAUGAACAAAGAAGGUCUUACAGCUGAUCUUGUGUGCUUGCUGACGGGAAGGCUACCAGAACACCACAGCGGACUUGCAGAAUUCAAUGAACAAAUCGAACGGUUCUUCAUUGCCGGUUCUGCAAGAAUCGAUCUCAUCGCGAAAGUCAUUGAUUUAGACAAUGACAUCGGUGGCCACAACUUCAACAUACCAAAUUUGGAGGAGACAGCAAGCAAAAUUGAGAAUCUUCGUAAUAGUGAAGGAUCUCCCAUCGCUGAGAACAUCCAACAAACGUUUCUUGACGAUCUCUUGACUUCUUAUCAGAACAUGGAAAACACAUUUUUACAGAAACUGUGGCUGCUAUACAAAAGCUUUGAGUUUCGCACACUGUGGCCUGUCAGUGACAGCUUGAUUGGUUUUCAACGGACUACAAGCGAGGCAGCUCCGACCACUGGGCAGCUCCAAGGCAUUGUUCAGCUAAACAAAGUCUUCCAGGAGAUAGAUCAAAUUGAGAAUAAGGGACAAAAUUGUUUCACUAAGUUUGGAUACGUCACUGAUACUCAUAAGUGGUCUUUUGAUCAAGAACAGCACAUCGCAUUGUUUAACAGCCUACAUCAAGGUAAAGCAUCGUUUCACCUUCAUAUAAAAGACAGCUGUCCAACGUGUUUCAACGUUCGUGUGCUAAAGAUGUAUAUUGAAUUGUAUGGAGACAACACUCAAGAAAAUGACGGCAUGCCGAGUAAGGUUUAUCUAAACGUGACGCGUGGGAGUGUAUCGUACUUUAAGGAUGCACAGAACAAACUCAGGAGAUUCCGUCAGUCACUACUUUCGAAAGAGUUUCAAUUCAAUCGUUUCGCAAUAACAGAUAAAGAAAAAUGUAUCGAGGCGACUAAAAAUGGCCAGGCCGAUUCGUCUUUCUGCAUAACAAAAAAAGACCCUCGCCUAAUGCCAAUGUGCUCUCGUCUCUCCGAUUCGUUCGAUGCUGAAAAUAAACUUCUUGGAAGCCCAGAAUGUCCGAGUCCAUUUGGAACUUACACAAUCGAGAUGCCAAUAGAUGAGAACUUAGCGUGCCAGGAUACGCAAGCAAUAACAAACAAAAACUGCAAGGAGUUUGAUCGAACCAAGUACACCAAGAUGAAUGUAUGGGUUUUAAAUCUGUAUUGGUCUGGAAGCUACCCCACAGGUCCUGACGAUGCAAGGUGCCAAGUUCUAGACGAAGUUAAAGGACAAAAUGAAACUCGCAUCUCGUUAUCUACGGAUCAAUGAGCUCGCAAGCUUCGUGGAAACGGGUGAAAUCAAAUGGAUCUGGAARAAUCAAAACCGCAAGCAAAAUAGAUAUUGAAUAACAAUCAUGUUAAGCAUGAAUAACAAUGGAUGUCAUUAUAGCAGUUAAUGUAAAUUAUAGAAAGUAUGGCCAAUAAAAACAGCAGAACGAACA